GCUGGUUCGAUAUUAUUGUUUUUUCUUGACUUCCUAAUAUAAUAAAAAAAAGAACAACAACCAUCAAUGUCGUAUUAUUGAUAAUAAUAAAGUUGUUUUUAAUCGUAUUCGAGCAACGCAAAUAAACAAUUAAAGUGCAACAACAACUAUACAAUUAUAAUAAAAUUAAAAAAAUCAGUGCAAAAAUAACAAACAAUAACAAAAUUUCUUUGUUUGGUAGACAAAAAAAAAGUGAACAUUUUUUUAGUGUUAGAAAAAAAAAUUAGACUCCUAAAAACGGCGGGAAUCUCAGGAUAUUUUGUUAGAAAGAAAAAAGGAAAAUUGCAGACAUACUUCCAUUUUAGAGCAUUUAUAUUAUCUAACAAAAGCAAAUUAUUGAUCUCGUAACUUUGUCAGUUCACUUGGGUGUGAGACAAAAGAAUGCGACAAAUUCUAUUGACAUUUUUUAUCCUUUUAACCAUAUUUCAUGCUAGCCAAGGCUUCUGGCCUUUCUCACGCAAAAAGUCUGCUGCUGUUAAGCCAAAGGAAGAAAAACGCCUGUCACCGGUGAUAUUUGUUCCCGGCGAUGGUGGGAGUCAAGUAGAUGCAAAACUGAACAAAGCCUCAUCGCCCAUAUGGUGUGCCAGUAAAUCGGAUUGGUUUAAUCUCUGGUUGAAUCUGGAACUGAUAGUCAUACCCGCCGUCUACUGUUGGGUCGAUAAUGUUAAAUUGUAUUAUGACAAUGUAACACGUACCACACACAACACACCCGGUGUUGAGAUACGCAUACCCGGAUGGGGUGAUCCCGAGGUAGUAGAAUGGAUAGAUCCUACACACAAUAAGGCUGGUGCUUAUUUCAAAGAUAUCGCCAAUAUGCUGGUAGACAUGGGCUAUGAAAGAAAAAGAAAUCUUCACGGCGCUCCUUAUGAUUUUCGUAAGGCACCAAAUGAACAUAAACAAUACUUUAUUGAUUUAAAGAAACUAGUCGAAGACACUUAUGAGGCUAAUCAUCAAACACCCGUCACCUUUAUAACCCACAGCAUGGGCAGUCCCAUGACAUUGGUAUUUCUGCAACAACAAGAAGCCGAAUGGAAAGAGAAAUAUGUUGAAAGACUAAUAAGUUUGGCCGGCGCUUGGGCGGGUAGUAUAAAAGCUUUAAAAGUUUUUGCCAUGGGUGAUGAUCUCGAUUCGUUUUUCCUAAGUGGUAAAAUUUUAAAAGCUGAACAAAUUACAAAUCCCUCCUCAGCCUGGCUUUUGCCAUCACCUCUAUUUUGGAAAAGUUCUGAGGUUUUGGUGGAAACCCCAUCGCGUGUGUACACCAUGUCACAAAUGCAAGAUUUUUUCAAUGAUAUUGGUUAUCCCACCGCGUGGGAGAUGCGUAAAGAUAACUUGCAAUACACUUUGAACUUUAGUCCCCCAGGUGUUGAGUUGCAUUGUUUGUAUGGUGAUGGAUUGGAUACAGUGGAGAGACUACGCUACAAAAAAGAUGAUGUUUCCGAUGAUACCCCAAAAGUAAUUAUGGGCGUUGGUGAUGGCACCGUAAAUAGACGUUCUCUGAAAGCCUGUCAUCACUGGGCCGGUUAUCAAUCUUCGAAUAUUUCAACAUUGGCUUUAGCUGGUGUCGAUCAUAUGGGUAUACUGCUAAAUCAAGAUGUUUUGAAUUAUAUUAAGAAUGUUAUGAAAUUAUAGACUUUUUUUUAGAGUAAUAUCGAACAAUUUUACAGCACUCACACACAAAUCUGCAAUAUUUUUUUAAGUAAAUUUAGCCACAUUUUCAUUACGUCUAGUUAUUUCUUAACUUAAAGUUUAAGAAACUGUUGGUAUAAUUUUAGGUUAAAAAAUAACGAUGCAUUAAGAAAAUGGGGCUUAGUAUUAAAUUUUUAGUUUUGUUUGGUUUAAUACUCGUAACAUGACGAUUUGAUGUCAAUUUUCAAUUAUUUUGGGUUUUAAAUUUAUUUUAUUCUUAUACUUAUAUGACUACUAAUAACUUUUAUUUUAUGUAAUAUAAACUGUACUUUUUAAAUAAAAAUAAAUUUUAAUUUCUUUAUAUUAAA